GAGCGCGAUACACCACGACAACGUGAUUGUCAUCGCUACCGACUGCCUUACCUGUUUCUCGGAACUCGAGAUUAAGCGCUGCGAGCCAUCGGUUGUUUUGGCUUCUUACACACAGUCCGGCUUGAAGGGGUCUUUCAGAGUGUCUACCCAUCGGAUCCAGACCAUCGGCAUCUGGCAUUGUCGCACAUUCCAGCGCUUGCCCUUGACAAAGAACCCAUUGUUGCAUACACUCCGGGGUCGUCGCGUCGCAUCGAGCUGCCUCUGCCAGGCCAUAUCCAUCAUCCGCUCCGCAUGCGGAAGGUAAUGAUGACAUGGGGUCUGGGAUCUAGAUCGCAUGAAGAGGUAAGGUCAAAAGACGGUCUCCUCUCUUCCUCUCUUCCUCAGUCAUCUCUUCACCGUCUUCACACUCAUCCACUCCCCCAACUCCUGAACGUCGAUCAUGUGCAACCUUCAGGUCGGCCAGCAAGCGCCCUCUUUCACCUGUACGGCAGUGGUGGAUGGGCAUCUGAAACAUGUCACCAUCUCCGCGUAUGCUGAAGCGAACCAUUGGACUCUUCUCAUGUUCUUCCCCAAGGCAUGGUCUCCCGUGUGCCCCACCGAAGUCAAAGCCUUUUCUGCACGCCUCGAAGAGUUCCUCUACAACCGUGCAUGCGCUGUGCUUUUCGUCAGUACCGAUAGCGCAGACUGUUUGCGGGCGUGGAGCGAUACAAGCGAGGCAAAUGGCGGACUGGGCGGGGUGCACAUGCCUCUGAUCAGCGAUUGCAACCAUGUCAUAAGUCGCGCAUACGGCACUUUGAUCGAGGGAUCCGGCCUCACUCAACGCGCGCUGUUCGUCAUCGACCCCAAGGGCACGAUUCGCGCCAUCAGCUCCAUCGACCCUUACGUGGCUCGAAAUGUCGACGAUGUCAUCCGCCUCCUCGACGCCCUGAUCUUCAAAGACGAGAACGGCGAGGCCUGCCCAGCUGGCUGGCAGAAAGGCGAUGAAGGCCUCGAUAUAUCCAAAGAUCGGGUCGAGGGACCUUUGUCCGUCGAGCUGAAGAAGACCUGGACGGACUGGGCUCGGCCGAAGCUCACGCGCGCCUUUUCCGGCACCAGCCAGCGAAGCAACUCCUCCAUUCCCAUGCCUUUGGCAAUCGCGCCCAGCACUCCCAGUGCCCGUUCUUGCGUCAGUUACAAUGGUCAAUCAACGCCGCCGACUGAACGCAUGGCUGGAGUUUCGUCCUCCUUCCAAGCGCCGUCAACCGGUCAGCUGUCUCCAUUGCUCAGCACCCCGUUGCUCAACGUGCAGGGAGCGGACUACUUUAGCGCCACAAAUGCCUCUAACAGUCGAAUGGGAACGCAGCUGGAGGAGGCAAUCCUGCAGCAAAGGAUGGAGAACAUCAAUGCCACGCUGCAGAACUAUCGGCGGAGUCAGGAGUUUGGGACGACGGCUACAACGGCUUGAGGCGGGGAAAGCUGCAACGAGGCAUAUGAGGUGAUUAAUGUACGGUCUUGAUACUGUUUGGCUAGUAUAGCGUUUUAUUUAGUCGAUUUGUAUUUCAUUAUCC